AUGUUUACAACAAAUUAAAAGACUAUGUCAGAACUUAUAAAGCUAAGGAAAAGAUAUUAUUCAGUAUUGGCAUCGAAGAAAUGUUACUAAGCGUUUAGUACGAAGACAUCUAACGUGUAAAGCGCUAAAGGUUAAAGUUCAGAGUUAGAACGUAAACAUGGCGGCGUCGAUUACUAUACCUAAAAGGCUCCCUCUUUUAGUGGUCGCAGACAACGUUCUUCUGCCAGGUUCUUCCAUGCGGAUUCCUGUCCGCAGUUUGAAGAAUAUGAACAUGGUUAAGAGCCGCUUGUUGGGGAGGAACACUCUAAGCAGUACAGUGAUUGGUGUCAUACCAAAGGACCCAGCCCAAGACAGAUUGGAUGAUGACAUGACAAACAUGCACAGCAUUGGUACUGCAGCUGUUGUAGUACAGAUCACUGGAACAAACUGGCCACGACCAGCUUAUACUCUUCUUGUGACUGGAAUUUGCCGGUUCCGUAUAGAGUCACUUUUGCAAGAGACUCCCUAUCCUGUAGCUAUGGUGACACAGCUUGAUAAGUUACCCGGAGAGGAGAUAGAAGAGGCAGACAAUGCAGAGCUUUUGGCGCUGACAGAAAAUUUCCGCGAGCAGGCAGCAAAACUUGUUGACAUGUUGGAUACCUCCAUACCUGUUGUAGCCAGACUAAAAAAAAUGUUGGACAGCCUUCCAAGCCAACAUCUGCCAGAUAUUUGCUCAACAAUUGUGAAGGCGUCAUAUGCUGAGAAAAUCCAGGUUCUAGAUGCAGUGGACCUUACAGAGCGUUUUAAGAAAGCCUUGCCUCUUCUUGUGAGACAAAUUGAGGGACUGAAGCUGCUAAAGAAAGCCCGAAAUGAGGGCAAGUUAGAGAUUGUCACCCGUCGCGAAGUGGGGCAACCUGCCAACAUGCGCAAUGUCUUCAGGAAGAUUGAGAGGGUGGCUGAAGAUGAAGAUGACGAUAAUCAGGAUGAUGUAGAUGAGGUCACAGACUUGGAACAGAAAAUCAAGGCAUGUGGAAUGCCACCUCAUGCCUUGAAAGCAGCAAUGAAAGAGCUGAAGCGGCUGAAGAAGAUGCCCCAACACAUGCCUGAACAUGCUAUGAUAAGGAACUACCUAGAGCUGAUGCUUGAGCUGCCAUGGGCAAAGAGCAGCAAAGACAUGUUGGAUAUCGUGCAAGCUAGGAAGGACCUGGAUGCUGAUCACUAUGGACUGGAGAAACUGAAAAAGCGAGUUCUGGAAUAUCUAGCUGUGAGACAAAUAAAAGCACAACUUAAGGGACCAAUCCUGUGUUUUGUGGGUCCUCCUGGAGUUGGCAAAACCAGUAUUGGUCGUUCCAUUGCUAACACCCUGGGACGUGAAUUCCACAGAAUCGCCUUGGGAGGAGUCUGCGAUCAGUCUGAUAUCCGUGGCCACCGGAGGACAUAUAUAGGGUCAAUGCCAGGUCGGAUCAUUCAGGGUCUGAAGACAGCUGGAACAAACAACCCAGUCUUCUUGCUGGAUGAAAUUGACAAAAUGAGCACAAGUCUGCAUGGAGACCCUGCGGCAGCCCUUCUUGAAGUGCUUGAUCCGGAGCAGAACCACAGUUUUGUUGAUCACUACUUGAAUGUGCCAUUUGACUUGUCACAAGUGUUGUUCAUUGCAACUGCCAACAGUAUGUCAACCAUUCCUCCUGCUCUGAUUGACAGAACUGAGCUGAUCAUGGUACCAGGCUACACACAAGAGGAAAAGGUGCAUAUUGCUCAGCGACAUCUGAUUCCCAAACAGCUUGACCAGCACGGGCUGACGGCAGAGCAAUUGGUUGUACCAGAAGAUGCUAUAAGCAUUCUCAUUUCCAAGUACACACGGGAAGCAGGUGUUCGGACACUUGAACGUCGAAUAGCAGCCAUAUGCAGGGCUGUGGCUGUCAAGGUGCUGGAAACAAGGUCCAGGAAAAAACAAGAGAAAGCAGCAGCUAGCAAUGGAGGUAAAGAUGAAGUGAUUGCAGGAGAGGAUGUGGUUAAGUCCCUUGACAGCCAGGAGGCUGCUGCUCUUUCUCAUCCACCAGAAAUGCCAAUUGUAAUUGACGAGGCUGCUGUGGAAGACAUCCUUGGGCCGCCAAUGUUUGAACCAGAGAUGAGUGAGCGCUUAAGUCAAGCAGGUGUGGCAGUGGGCCUAGCAUGGACAGCAAUGGGAGGGGAAAUCAUGUUUGUAGAAGCAACUCGCAUGGAAGGAGAGGGAAAACUAACCUUGACAGGACAGCUUGGUGAUGUCAUGAAGGAAUCAGCCAAUCUAGCAUUGAACUGGGUCCGUGCCAAUGCAAGAAAGUAUGUUGGGCAGAUAUUUGGAGAAAAUAAAAAAGACAUUUUGGACAAGACUGACAUUCACAUUCACUUCCCUGCUGGAGCUGUUGGUAAAGAUGGUCCAUCCGCUGGAGUCACCAUCAUCACGGUCCUCGUGUCCCUCUUCAGUGAUCGCUGUGUUCGCUCAGACACCGCCAUGACAGGGGAGAUCACUUUGAGAGGCUUGGUGUUGCCGGUUGGUGGAAUUAAAGAGAAAGUGCUGGCAGCUCACCGAGCAGGUUUGACCCGCGUGAUACUCCCUGCACGCAAUGAGAAGGACAUGCAUGAGGUUCCCAACAGCAUCAGGAAAGAUCUCAGUAUUAUUUUUGUCUCGCGAGUGGAAGAUGUCCUGAAUGCUGCAUUUGAUGGUGGAUUUCCCUUGCUGAAGGCUCACCUGACAGACAUUGUGUCUAAGCUGUGACAGCUUAUGCUUCUUGACCUGAACACCAGUGAGACUGACUGCACUUGCAGGCUGUAUCAUGUUUUAUUUGCAGUAGUCAGCUCUAACAUUCAGAGGGAGACAUUGCUGUCAUUAUUGUGAUUUUCAUGGCAGUUUUCAAUCAGCCUCGGGGUGGGGGUGGUCAAUUAACUUUUUUUUUUAAAGUUCUGAUUACAUAGCCAAAAUGUGCAAAAUAAUAAUUUGGGACAUAGUUUGUAAAUAAAGCAGGCAAACACUGAUGAUAGAAGCAUGUUCCCAGCAUGCAGGUGACAGCUGUACAGGAAUUAAGUGAGAGCAUAUGCAGAUUGUUUAGGGAGAUUAUACCAGUUAGGAGAAUGAAGCAAUUUACUCACUGCCAUUAAGAAAUCUUUCACUUGUCACAUUAUCAUUUUUACUCAAGGAAGUUUUUGGUUACCAAUGUAAGUUGUUUUGUGUUAAAAUUCAUUUUAUCACUUUAUUUUUUGCACAUUCAUUUUACCUCUUUCUCUUUCACUGCCUCUUGUGAAUAUACACAGAUCAUAAUGUAAUAAUAAAUGCAAAAUUUGUAAAGCGCUUACACUCCUUAGGAGAAUGUUCUUAGCAUCUAAGAACAAGAACAAGAUAUGGACAGAAGGAACCAAAUAACAAGAACUGAGAGUAUCAUGAUAAAGAUGAGCUGGAAAGGGUGUGAAAAAGGACUAGCAUGGUAGGAAAUGGUGUUAGGAUAUCACAUAUCAGUGUGAAAUAUCUGAAAAUGGAGUAUGGCUGUGGUUGUCUUCAUUGACAACAUAUUUACAAUAAACAACAAACUGUAUAUGUAAUCAUGUGAUUGAACUGUGAUUACUUAAUAAAUGCAUUUUCUUGUUGAGAAA